CAUGCCCUAUGCCACUCCCAAACUGGUUUAGUCCACACACCGGCAGGCGGCCACUGGCGAAUUUUGGAGCGCAAAACGGGCUCCACCACAGCGAAAGCGAUCUUCUCUCGACCAUCCCUCUCGCCGGCGCAGGAUAAUCACCUCUUUGCGACCAACUUCAACCCCAAUCUCACCACCCCCCCCCAAAAAUCAUUUACAAUGGCUCCCGCUGCUGCUCGUGGCCGCAAGGCUCAGAAGGUUACCCAGAAGUACAUCAUCAAUGCUUCUCAGCCCGCCUCUGACAAGAUCUUCGAUGUCUCCGCCUUCGAGAAGUUCCUCCACGACCGCAUCAAGGUCGAGGGCCGUGUCGGCAACCUGGGUGACGACGUCGUCAUCUCCCAGGCUGGUGAGGGCAAGAUCGAGGUCGUUGCUCACAUCCCCUUCUCCGGUCGCUACCUCAAGUACCUGACCAAGAAGUACCUCAAGAAGCAGCAGCUCCGUGACUGGCUCCGCGUCGUCUCCACCUCCAAGGGUGUCUACGAGCUCCGCUUCUACAACGUCGUCAACGACGAGGCUGAGGAGGAUGAGGAGUAAAUGCGCUCCUUCGGCUUUUGACCUACUUGUCAAUCAAUGGGAUGGGUCUGUGAUUGUCGCACGUUGACUUGGUUGGAUUACCGCCGGAUCAAUUGGUGAGGGUCAUGGGGUUCUGUCGUUUUAUGAUUGUGGGAA